AUGAACUCAACCAGACGUCAGGACAGUUUCAACAGUGCUUUCACUAAGAACUUCAUCACCUUUGCUUUUGGCCUUAUCAUCAACUCCAUCAAUGGAGCCUUCGUCUACACCUACUUUAAGAGCCAGGUCCUUCAGCAAGACCCCAGGUAUGUGCUCUACAUCCAUCUAGUGAUCAAUGAUAUGAUUAUGCUCACCCUUGCUGUGGUGCUGCAAAUCCUGACCUACACCGCACCCCCGAAAUUCAUUACCUGCUGCAUCAUGAUGCUCAUCUUAAUCACUGUCAACAAGAACAACCCUCUGAACCUCGCUGGUAUGGCAGUGGAGCGUUACAUCGCUGUUUGCCGACCUCUUCAUCACGUGCACAUCUGUACUGUGCAGCGAGCCUAUGCUCUGAUCGCAUUGAUCUGGGGCGUCUCCAUCAUCCCUGCCCUCACUGACAUCUUCAUCAUCCUCGCCACAAAGCCCCUCUCUGUCUUCUCAAGCAAUGUCAUCUGUUACAGCCUCAGUGUGUACAACACACCGUACCAUAAGACACAAAGUAUGGUCGUCCAGAUCCUUCUGUUUUCUUUCGUCUUCCUGACUGUGAUCAUCACCUAUCUGAAGGUCCUCUUAGCUGCUCGGGCAGCUUCAGGCUCCAAUAAGGCCUCAGCCAGAAACGCCCGUAACACCAUCCUGCUGCAUGGAGUCCAGCUCGUCAUCUGCAUGUUGUCAUUCAUAUCUCCCUUCCUCAAUCUUAUUUUAGUCACCAUGUGGCCCCAGGAUCGCACCAAGAUCCUCUUCAGCAUCUUCCUGCUUACCAAUAUGCUUCCUCGUCUGCUCAGUCCGCUCAUCUACGGCAUCAGAGACAAGACGUUCUGCAGCCACAUCAGGAUGCACCUCUGCUGUAAAUGCGCAACUCUGCAGGAAAGAGGCCGAAAGUGA